AGGAGUGGUAGCUCCUCACGUUCGGAAAAUAUUGGUGUAAAGCUGCCUAAAAUUAAUUUGCCUAAUUUUUCUGGCGAUGUGACGAAGUAUCAAGCCUUUUGGCAAAGCUUUCAGUGUGCUGUGCAUGAAAAUGAACAGAUAUCGGCGGUUCACAAAAUGAACUAUCUAAUGCGAUCACUUGAAGGAACUGCAUUUAAAGCCUUGGAGGGGCUGGCAAUUACCGAAGAGAACUAUGAGCAUGCUAUAAACAUUUUGCAGACAAGAUUUGGAAAUCCACAGCAAAUAAUUAGCGCUCACAUGCAGGCGCUGUUAAAUUUGCAAAGUUGUCCAAAUGAAACUGUGUCACAGAUACGAGCGAUAUACGACAAUAUCAAUGUGCACGUCCGCGGACUGGAGACGUUAGGCAUUUCAUCGGAACGAUAUGGCAGUUUGUUAGUGCCCGUGAUAAUGUCAAGAAUGCCGGCAGAAAUUACCUUGCAAGUGGCUCGAAAGACAUCAGAGCAAAUUUGGCGAAUAGACGAGAUUUUGGACAUCAUAAGGAAAGAAAUUGAGGCAAGGGAGAUAAGCCGAAAACUUGACACAAAGACCACUCGAAAGUCUGAGAGAACAAGCCUUACAGAAUAUCGAGGAACAACGAGAGCCUUCGCAGUUAUCAAAGAUGGAGAAAGGGAACGAAAGCUUCAGUGUUAUUUUUGUCAAGGGGAACACUAUGCAGAAAAAUGUAAGGUAGUUACAAGCAUCGAAGAAAGAAAAUCAAAAUUGAUUGAAGGAAAUCGUUGUUUCAAUUGUUUGAGGAUUGGUCAUCGAGCGAAAACAUGCAGAAGUCCACCGAAGUGCUUUCACUGUAAAAGUAAACACAAUUCAGCAUUGCACGAAGACCUAGUUAUGGAGGAGAAGCGAGGGGUACCUGCACUGCAAACGACGGUCAAUUCCGCGUCAGAUGAGAGAAAAAAUGUUCUUCUACAGACAGCACAGACGUAUGGCUUUGGUGCGGAUAGGAGCGAGAAACAGCUGGUGAACAUCCUGUUUGACUCAGGCAGUCAGAGAAGCUACAUUUCAGAAGAAACGGUGAAGAAGCUGGGGUUGAAGGUCGAGAAAACAGAGACCGUAUACUUGAACACUUUCGGUUCAAAUAAAUAUGAGAAGAAAAGUUGUGAUAGGGUAACGGUAAAUCUAGAAGUAGGAGAUGAAAUAUUGACGUUAACCGUAUUAAGUUCCCCCCAUCUUUGUUUGCCAUUAAGUACACCAAUAGAUGUAAGUUGCUAUCCACAUUUGCAAGGUUUGCAACUCGCCGAUAGUUAUGCGACUUGCGAAAAGCGCAUAGAAUUAGUCAUUGGUGUAGAUUAUUAUUAUCGCAUAGUGCAAGGCGAAGUAAGAAAGGGCGGCAAUGGCCUUGUUGCAAUAAGUAGCAAACUCGGUUGGUUGCUUUGUGGACCUGUUGUUUGUAAUGAAGGUGAUAAAAGCUCUUUAAAUAAUGUGAUGAAUUUAAUUGUUGAUGUUUUACCUUCGAGAGACGAAAUUACAGAUGAUAGCAGAGAAAUCGUCGAAUCGCUGACGAAAUUUUGGAAGCACGAAUCCGCGGGUCUUUAUGAAACCGAGAAUCCUGAAGACAAGAAGACCGACGAUGGAGGGGUGGAUAUCAACUUCAAGGAUGGUCGCUACAUGAUCGAUGGAGGAAAGAGUACCUACUGGGGUUGUUGGAAACUUACAGGCCAAGAAACAAUAGUAAAACCAACCCUGACAUAAAAAUUGAUGAUAUUUGUAUCCUUAGGAAUGACCAAACGAAAAGAUCCUUUUGGAAAC